AUGGAUUUUGAUGACGAUGCCCCGCCAGACCUGGUUGAUACAACCGCCAACGAUGUAGAUGAGGAGAUUACAGUCAAGGUUCCCAUCACAAUUGUGACAGGAUAUCUCGGUGCUGGUAAAACCACUUUGCUAAAUUAUAUCCUUACGGCGCAACAUGGCAAGAAGGUCGCUGUCAUCAUGAAUGAAUUUGGAGACUCGCUCGACAUUGAAAAGUCCCUUACUGUGAACAAGGGUGGUGAGCAGGUUGAAGAAUGGUUAGAAGUUGGCAAUGGCUGUAUCUGCUGUUCCGUAAAAGAUACAGGAGUCAAUGCGAUAGAGUCUCUCAUGUCAAAGAAGGGUGCGUUUGACUACAUCCUCCUCGAAACAACUGGCUUAGCCGAUCCCGGUAACCUUGCCCCCCUCUUCUGGGUAGACGACGGACUCGGAAGCACCAUUUACCUGGAUGGGAUAGUCACGCUCGUAGAUGCGAAGAAUAUCAUACGCAGUCUUGACGACCCCAAUGGUGUUGUCGAAGGACACGACGACCACGGACAUGGCCCUGUCAUGACUACAGCACACGUUCAGAUCUCCCAUGCCGAUGUGAUCGUAAUCAAUAAGGCCGACAUGGUGACAGAGAUGGAACUCAAUCAGGUCAAGGAGAGGAUCCAGUCGAUCAAUGGGCUUGCUAGGAUCCAUGUAACGGAGAGGAGUGUAGUCCCUCAACUGGAAGGGUUCCUGCUUGAUUUGCACGCAUAUGACCAGUUCAAUGAGUCAGACGCAAAUGCCAAGGGACAUAGUCACCUCGACCCUCUAACCGCUCAGACCAUAUCGACCGUCACCAUACCCGUUGGGCGCCUUGAGCCAGGACAACUGGACACAGUUGACCGUUGGCUACGAUCGGUACUGUGGGACAGUAGAUUGCCUGAAGAUGAAAAGGAGGGAGAUUUCGAGAUCCAUCGCUCCAAGGGACGGCUUGUGUUUGCCAAUGGAGAGGUCAAGAUGUUGCAGGGGGUGAGGGAGGUCUUUGAGAUAAAUGACGGACCGUUGGGAGAUGAGACGCCCAAGGAGGGGAAGAUUAUUCUGAUUGGGAGAAACGUAGCAGGCGUUGGAUUUGAAGACAGUUUCAAAAGAGCCCUGAGAUAG